AUGAGUGCCUUUGGUUCUGCCCCAGCGUUAUCUGCUGCUGAGGAACACUUUCUGAAAAAGGAAUUGAUUAAUCUAGAGCUCACCAAGGAGAUCAACAAGCUCUCGCCAACCUACACUGAUGCGCACGGCCUGCGCCGGUUUGGCCCGCCUUUCAGGAUGUACGAUCCCCGCAGGCCGCCUGCGAUGGAUCGCGAACGGCUCGAGGCCGUCGCAAACGGGUAUGUGGCCCAAUUCGACGCCGAGUUCCCUCUUCUGCGCUUCAUGUUCACCGAAUUCCUCGUCACGUUUCCGUUUAUCAAAAUGCACCUGGAAAGACUGGAGAAUGAGCACGAGCUAUGGGACAAAGUGCAGGUGUUCUGGGAGAUGUGGCGGACAAAGAAGAUCAGCAACAGCAACGACCGGGGGGAGCUCAGCAAGCGCAAGCUGGCGGUGCACAAGCUGCAGUCGCUGCUGCUGACGUUGUUCAACUCUGCUAUCCUCUGUCGCGGCGACGAAGAGUAUUUCAGAACGAGCGAGCACAGAAACACGUACAAGAAAAUGAACAAGCUGACGGCGGGCGAGCUGACACUGGAGCAGCGCGAAGACGAGAAUUACGUGAACGGCUUGCUGAUCAACGUCGUUGGCGUGACUGUAGCCAGGGAAACAAAGGCCCGCUAUUUUUUGGGCUCGAGCGAGUCGAAAUAUUAUAAUUUCAUCAUCAGAGUGCGCACGCAGGACGGGAAAGAAUGGCACGUGAAACGACGGUAUUCGCAGUUUGCAGAGUUCGACAAGACGCUCGGCAAACUGUUUCCCGGCACAGACCUGCCUGUUCUGCCUGCAAAGACCAAGGCCAAGGUGGUUCUCUCGUCCGCGGCCGAAACAGAGCAGCUGGCACAGGGCGCGGACGCCGUGGACGUGGCGGAGCUGGAAGAGCUGUUCAUGAGCGCGCUGCGGCGCACAUUCAGCGAGGAACACGACGAGAGCGACAACGAGCACGAGUUCCCGCGCGAGGGUCUGCGCAUGGCUCUGCGCGGCUACCUGCGGGCGCUGGUGGCUUUGCGGCCGGUCUGCGAGAGCGCCGAGUUCCUGGAGUUUAUUUCGGCAAACCGCGUUCGGCUGACGGUCGAAGAGCAGCACGACAUUGAGCAGCGGCGCCAGCUGGAAUUCUACACCGUUCUGCAGCACUACAAGUUCCAGCAGGAGACGCUCCGUGCGGUGACCCAGCUGGAGACACAAAUGGAGGAGCUCAAGGAGGCACUGUAUUCUGACGGCUUUGCGUACAUUUUCAAGCAGCUGGAGACGAAGAGCACGUCCAGCGAGCUGUCAAAGCCGCUCCGGUCGCUGGUCCAGCUGGUGCAGAUCGAGGUUGCGUCGACAAUAUACGAGCUGCUGGUUGGCAGCGACAACUCGCGCGAGACGCUGGGCUUGGUGAAACGGCUGCACCGGCUGUUUCCGUACGGUUUGGUGGCCACGAUUCUGCGGUUCACGAACCCGAUGCAAAUCGUCAAGAAGCUGAUAGACUUGUUCACGUUCCAGAUGCCUGUCGGGUUCGGACGCAGAAGCCGGUCGCUGCUGCAGAUGAUUUUUACGGGAGUCCUGAACGACGACCUGAAAAAAUGCGACAGAGAGCUGGGCGGGCUGCACAGAGCAGUGCUGCGCAAGGGAGAAAAAUACGCCGCGUUGCUCCACAAGGUCGACGCGUAUUUUGCCGCGUCGGACGAGACGGUGCUGCAGGUGAAGAAGACGGCGCAGAAAAGCGGACUGGGCAUUUUCCCGGCGCUGCUGCUGAACAACAACGACCUGUCGCCAAAACUGGACGAGCGGGUUCUGCUGGAGGUGCUGGAUGCAAUGAGAAAGUCCAAAACCGACAGGAACACGGUCUACUUCCUGCUGCACUCGUACUUCAAAACGAGCUUGCGCCGGCUCGACAAGAUCGCGCUCAAGGAGCUGUGGGACGAGCCGGAGCUGAUCGACCUGAUCAAGGAGCUGCUGGCGAUCUUCUUCCAGCCGCUGAUCCGGCUGUUCAAAAGCGCGCAGAUCCACCUGUACAUCCCGGUCGUGCAGCGGUACAUGAACGAGCUGAUCCAGCUGGCAGAGUACUUCCAGAACGAGCACUUUGCGCCCAACGUGGUGGCCAGCUUCAUGGGGCUCCAGGAAAAGUACCAGGAGGCGGUGUACGGGUUUAUGCACAGGCUGUAUCUGCGAGACAUGGAGCAGCAGGAGGGUCUGUUUGCCGGGUUUCUGGGCUGGUUCAACCGGUUUGUGUCGUUCGUGCGGUUCGUGCGGGACGGCCACGAGGAGCUGGUCCUGGAUCUGAGCUCGCUGGGCGUCGACGAGGGCGUGAGGAAGGAGCUACGGGCGAUACUUGCGGAAAUCGAGGAAAAACGGCGCAAGUACGAGCAGCUGGCGCAGCAGCCGCCGCAGACGACGCGCACGCAGGUGGACGCGAACUGGGAGAAGGUGAAUAGCAGGAUGCUGGGGCUUGCAGGCGACGUGGCAGACCUGGACCGGCUGGGCGAGUACGUGGGGCUGAGCAGCGAGGACCUGAUGGAGCUGAACGGAGAACUCGACGCGGAGGAGCCGGCGGACGGGUUUUUCCACGAGAUGGACACGGCAGCGUUUCUGCGCGCGGUGCAGCAGGUGAGCGUGAGCGACGAGGAGUUCCGCAAGAACGACGAGACGGGACAGUACAGGUGGAGCCACAUAGCCGGGCUGGAAGGCCGGUUCCGGCCGCAGCUGGCGGCGGUGCUGGCGGCGUGGAGAAAACUGGAAUCUGAGUAG